CUCGCGAUAUUAUCCAAUGAGCCUUCGCUGUCUACCUGGGUGGGUUGGUGUUUGGCGACGUAGCCGUGCAGCAGUGGGGGACGAUGUCUCUUAGCGAUGAGGGAUUUGUGGUGCGGAUUCGGGGCUUGCCUUGGUCAUGUACACAGGAGGAAGUCGCAAGCUUUUUCUCAGAUUGUGACAUCAUCGGGGGUGUGAAUGGAGUGUGUUUCACCUUCUCUAAGGAAGGGAGGCCCAGCGGGGAGGCCUUUGUGGAGCUGAAAACUGCGGAAGACUUCAAGAACGCCAUCGCCAAGGAUCGCAAAUACAUGGGGCACCGCUACAUUGAAGUGUUCAAGUCGAACCGCAGCGAGAUGGACUGGGUUCUGAAGCGCUGCGGCCCGACGGACUACGACAGCUGCAGCGGCUGCAUGCUGCGUCUGAGGGGCCUGCCGUUCGGCUGCAGUAAGGAGGAGAUAGUGCAGUUCUUCGCAGGGUUGAAAAUCGUGCCAAAUGGGAUAACAUUGCCGAUGGACUACCAGGGGAGGAGCACAGGGGAAGCCUUCGUGCAGUUUGCCUCAAAGGAGAUAGCUGAAAAAGCUCUGGGGAAACACAAGGAAAGGAUAGGGCACAGGUACAUAGAGAUUUUUAAGAGCAGCAGGAAUGAGAUUCGGGCCUACUACGAGCUGCCUCGUAGGAUGAUGGGACAGCGGCCGGGACCGUAUGACAGACCCAUGAUGGGGCGGGGUGGGUUUUUCGGUCCCGGACCAGGAAGAGGGGGCGGUCUUCUGGACCAGAUGCGCAGUGGAGGGGGCUACAGUGGAGGUUACGGCGGAUUCGACAACUACAACGGCUUCAAUAAUUACUGUUUCGGUAACGGUAUGUUUGAAGAGCGGAUGAGGGGAGACAGAGGGAGAGGCAUGGGCGGGGACUCGGGCUCCGGCUUCCACAGCGGGCACUUUGUGCACAUGCGCGGGCUGCCCUUCCGCGCCACCGAAGCCGACAUCGCCAACUUCUUCUCUCCGCUGAACCCCAUACGAGUCCACAUCGACGUGGGACCCAACGGGAAGUCCACGGGCGAAGCCGACGUCGAGUUUGGAUCUCACGAAGAUGCCGUGUCAGCGAUGUCAAAGGACAAAAACCACAUGCAACACCGUUACAUUGAGCUCUUCCUGAACUCAACAGCCAGCGGCGGAUCUGAAAUGGGUCGUGGUGGCGGAUUCUAUGGUAACUCUGGAGGCAUGGGCUCAAGAGGAGGCAGCCUCAGGGGAAUGUUUUAAACGAGCGCCAGAGUCCACCCCCAACACCAACCCCCAGCCAUUUUCAACCACAUGUUAAAAAUGGUAGAUAGUUUUUUUUUUUUUUUGUAUUUGGGGAUGUUUUUCAUAUGUUCAUAAAAAUGUACUUAGAUUUUCCGGUCUGAAAGAGUGGAAAUAAAAUAUAUUUGAGAUGGUGCAUAGUUUAACCAGCUAUUGUACAUUUUGCUUAUUAAAUUUUAUAUUAAUCUUUGUUGUCUGAGCCUCUUCACUGUAAAUAAUGUUUAACUGCUGUGUCCUUGGUUUUGUGAUCGGGAAAAAGUGGGGCCGAUUAAACAAACCAAAAGA